AUGCAAAGUUGUCCGACGCGGACAUCAACGCCAAGGCGGUGCCACGGGACGGUUACUCGCACGUCUACCAGAUCAAGGGCUCCGACUGCUCGAACGGAUCUCUACGUCAAGACGAACGACAAGUACAUCGACGACGAACGAUCGUUCGGCCUGACUAAAGAGAAUACCGUGCUUGGGCUCGGGUCCUCAUACGAGUCGGUGUCGAGAUGGGCGACUCUGCCUUCCACAAGCCACGGCAUAGACCUACUGUACACAAGCCCACCGCUCGCUGGGGAGACAUGCUGUCGCUAUUUCUUUGGGCAUGGGUCGACGGAUUGUUGGUCAGGCCCCAGCAAUCGCCGCUGCGUGAGCGGCGGCUCCAAUUGCUCCAACUACAAGAAGAUGGACGACGUCGCGUUCUACAUCUACAGCGGCGCCGACGCGGGGCCUGCCGGCGGACAGGCCGACGCCGCACCCGAGCCUUCGCCGGAGGCCGGGCAGACGGCCAAGGAGGAGGAGGCCGAGCGCAAGGAGAUGGCCGAGCGCGUGGCCAAGCGUGCCGCCGAGCGCCAGGCCAAGGAGGCGGCCGAGCGCGUGGCCCAGGAGCUGGCCGAGCGCCAGGCCGAGGCGGAGCGCGCGGCGGAGGCGGAGCGCGCGGCCGCGCGCGCGGCCCGGGAGGAGCUCGCCCGCGCCGAGGAGAGGCAGCGCCAGGCGGAGGCCCUGCGCGAGGCGGAUGCCGCUCGCAGGGCCCGGGAGGCCGAACGCGCGGCGGAGGAGGAGCGCCGGGCGGCGGCCGAGCGCGCGGCCGCGGAGGAGGCGGCGCGCAGGGCGGAGGCCGAGCGCGAGGCGGAGGCCGAGCGCCGGGCCGGCGAGGAGGCCGCGCGCAGGGCGGGGGCCGAGCGCGAGGCGCAGGGGGAGGCGCCCGCGGCCGGCGGACCCCGGAUGUCGAAGGAGGUGAGCGGCAAGGGCGACCCCCACCUGCGGAACAUCUACGGCGAGAAGUUCGACUUGAUGAGGCCCGGGCAUCACGUGCUGAUCCACAUCCCGCGGGGGGAGCGCCUCGAGAGGGCGCUGCUGCGCGUGGAGGCCGACGCGCGGCAGAUGGGCAAGCAGUGCACACCAGACAUGUACUUCCAAGAACUGAACAUCACCGGCGCGUGGGUGGAGGCAAAGCAUACUGGCGGUCUUCGUUUCUUCGCUCAGGGUGUGCACGACGAGAAGCCGACAUGGGAGACGUUUGAUAAGGUGGAGCUGAAAGUCGUCCAUGGGCGCACACAGACGGGAAUCCAGUAUUUAAAUUUGUACGUCAAACACCUCAGCCGUUCUGCCUUUCUGGUAGGAGGGUUGCUAGGGCUGGAUGACCACACGGCGGCAGCGAAGCCCUUGGAUGAAUGCCUUCGUCGUCGCACCGCCCUCUUUCAAUUUGGGAGUCCGAACGCUCAAACGGCGAAUGGUACUGCGACGUACGACUGGUAA